GCAUACCGCAACCUAAAUGGAAUUCUUAUGAAAACAAUAUACUUUACACGGAGGAUAGUUUAAGUCGAAUCAAUAUUAAUAUACAAAUAUAGACAUAUUGCUUUAAAAAUAAGAACAGACAGAUUUUUAAGGACAUUAAACACUUUAAAAGGAAGCCUUGAACAUGUAUAUUCUGGAAUUUUAAUAAACAAAAGCAGAUUUCAACAUGGUCAAAAUUAGCCUCCCAAAAUCGGAAUGGUAUACCAUAAGAAGAUAUAAUCCAACUGCUUAUGAUGCGCAGAACAUCAACAAAAUUCGGAAUUAUAUUAAAAUCAUUCCUAUAAUCGCACUUGUGAUUUUGACUGUUAUAUUUUUACUAAAUGCAAUGCUCUUCAACAAAGUUGCAGAUCAAGUGACAAAUAGCAAUGACAUGCCAGUUGACAAUAGAGAACUCUUGAAAUCAGUUGUGAAAAGAUCAGAGAGGAACAACAUCACAUCAGUUAAGAACAAUACUACCCCCAAAGGGUACAAUAACAACAUCAAUAAUAGCAGUAUGACCAAGCAAGAUAGGAUGGACGCUGAUGAUAUUCCAUACUUCCUGUUUACGAUAGAUCGAUUAUACCUGGUGGAUUCAGGAAAGGAGAAAAAUGUUGUAGAGAAGCCGAUUGGCUUAAGGAAUAAAGACAUACAAGAGGUUAUAAAGCAGGGUGUGAAAGAACUCAAUAAAUUACGACAACCACAAAACCUGAGUCUUUUUACAAAUCAAAAUUUUGUUGAAGGCAUCUACAAAACCAUACCAAGAGAAGGAAGUAUUUAUGAGCUACAGUUCAGUGACCAAAACAAUGGGUUCAAAGCUAAUGAAUAUCACAGAAUAACAUUAAAGAGACCGAUGGCACCACUACAAGUGGUUGAAACUGCAAGGACACCGGCACCAAAACAGCUCAUCCAUCUUAUCCUCCCUGUUAAAGGCAGGAUACCCACAUUAAAACAAUUCCUGAAACAUUUCAUCAAGGUAUGUGUAAGACAAGAUCGAAACGUUUACCUGACUAUUGUGAAUUAUGGCUUGGAGGAUCUUUAUCGCAUCAACUCCAUUGUUCAGUAUGUUAAAUACACAUACAAUUUCAAAAUGAUAGAUUUUGUGACACUAAAUGAACCAUUUUCUCGAGGCAAAGCAUUUCAGGUUGGCGCAACCAGGGGACCAAAAACUGAUGCUUUGAUGUUCUUAUGUGACAUCGAUAUGAUGUUCUCUCAAAAAUUUCUAGACAGAUGUCGCCGUAAUACAGAAAGAGGGAAAAGUGUGUAUUUCCCAGUGGUGUUUAAUCAAUAUAACCCAAACAGGGUGUAUCCUUUGCUUGGUAUGAAAGUACCUCGGGUUAAGAGGCGCUUAGUCAUCAAUAAAAUGACAGGAGCUUGGAGAGACUAUGGCUAUGGAAUGGUCUGCCAGUAUAAAUCAGAUUUCGAAAAAGUAAAAGCCUUCGAUGGAAAAUAUGACGAAUGGGGAGGUGAAGAUCUAGAUCUUUACCAGAAAUACAAGAAGAGUGCUUACAGAAUUGUACGUGCGAUAGAUCCCAGCAUUAUCCAUAUAUGGCAUGAGAAGAAGUGCAAUCCUAAAUUGCCAAAUGAUCAAUACAGAAAUUGUGUGCGAUCAGCUGCUAAAAAUGAAGCUUCCCGAAUUCAACUUGGACUAUCAGUGCUUGGGAAGAAAAUUGACAAAAAGAGAAGUUAUAGGGAGAAACUGGUGUAUUCAUAUAGUGAUGGAUUGAUGAUCCGAGACCAGUUAGGAUAGGAUAAAUAAAUAAAAUGUUUAUCCUCUAAUCAUUUAUUUCUAUUGACAGUGAAUAAGGACAAUUCUGGCCUUUAUGGAAAGUAAAUUCUGAUUUUAGAAUAUUGUAAAUGAUUAGUCAAAUUUUCAUCCCCUGAUAAUUCUACAAAAACAAAAACACUGAAAAUGGAGGAUCCACUAUAUAUAAUAUACAUGUACAUGUACCCUGGUAUAUGCAAUGUACAUUCACCACAACUUAUGAAAAGAGUCUAAAGAUAUAAUGGCCUCUAUGAUGGCAUAACUCUAAAUGUGCCUGUUUUAGCUUAUUAAUGCAUAAAAGCUUUCAUCGAUAAACUAGUUAGAUAUAUAUAUUAGAUAUAUUUUACUAUGUGUACAACCAAUUUUAGGAAGUAGAAUAGAUCUUAAUAUUAAUGAUGACCACACAUUCAACAUGUUUACAACAGAAUGUGGCAAAUCCUUAUAUCACAUUGACAUGUUCAUUAACUAUACUUUUAAUAUUUAAAGUGAAAAUGCAAAUGCUUCAUACGCAUGUAAAUAGUUUUUUAUAUAGAAAAACAAACGGAGAAAAUAAAUAAAUAUAAGCUGUAAUUAUAUAUCUGUAUUGCCUCACAAUAGAA